GGGGGCGGGGAGGGGGCAACAUGGCGGCUCCGUAUUAACUUCCCCCCCCUCGGCAGCCAGCGCUGCCGCCGCUCUCCCUUGCUCCCAGCUCUGGCAUGCUGGGCACGAUGGAGAAGGGAGCAGAGCUCUUGGGGGCUAAGAGCCGGGCAGCCCCCAACGGCGCCAAGAGCAGCAGCCCCUCCAACGGGCACUACUCGGAGCCGGAGAGCGGCGGCGGCGACAGUGGCGACGAGCACGAUGUAGGAAUGAGGGUCGGAGCGGAAUACCAGGCGCGCAUUCCUGACUUCGAGCCCGGUGCCACAAAAUAUACUGAUAAAGAUAAUGGAGGGAUGCUUGUAUGGUCUCCAUAUCAUAAUAUUCCAGAUGCCAAGUUGGAUGAAUAUAUAGCAAUAGCAAAGGAAAAACAUGGAUACAACGUGGAACAGGCUCUCGGCAUGUUGUUCUGGCAUAAACACAAUAUUGAGAAGUCCCUUGCCGAUCUCCCUAACUUCACUCCUUUCCCUGAUGAAUGGACAGUUGAAGAUAAAGUCCUAUUUGAACAGGCAUUUAGCUUCCAUGGAAAGAGCUUUCACAGGAUUCAGCAAAUGCUUCCAGACAAGACCAUUGCAAGCCUUGUAAAAUAUUACUAUUCUUGGAAAAAAACUCGCUCUAGGACAAGUUUGAUGGAUCGGCAGGCUCGAAAACUAGCUAAUAGAAAUAAUCAAGGUGACAGUGAUGAUGAUGUAGAAGAAGCUCAUCCCAUGGAUGGAAAUGAUAGUGAUUAUGAUCCCAAAAAAGAAGCCAAAAAGGAGGGCAAUAAUGAGCAGCCUGUUCAGACCAGCAAAAUAGGUCUGGGUAGAAGAGAGUAUCAGAGCUUGCAGCAUCGCCACCAUUCUCAGCGUUCCAAAUGCCGUCCACCAAAAGGCAUGUACCUGACCCAGGAAGAUGUGAUAGCUGUUUCCUGUAGUCCCAAUGCAGCCAACACAAUUCUUAGACAGCUGGAUAUGGAACUAAUCUCAUUAAAGCGACAGGUUCAAAAUGCUAAGCAAGUAAACAGUGCACUUAAACAGAAAAUGGAAGGCGGGAUUGAAGAAUUCAAACCUCCUGAGUCUAAUCAGAAAAUCAAUGCCCGUUGGACAACAGAAGAGCAGCUUCUUGCAGUACAAGGUGUCCGAAAAUAUGGUAAAGAUUUUCAAGCUAUUGCAGAUGUAAUUGGCAACAAGACUGUUGGCCAAGUGAAGAACUUCUUUGUAAACUACAGGCGUCGGUUUAACUUAGAGGAGGUAUUGCAGGAAUGGGAAGCGGAACAAGGAACCCUGGCUUCUAAUGGUGAUGCUUCUGCUUUAGGGGAGGACACAAAAAAUACUUCUAAUGUGCCAUCAGGAAAGAGCACUGAUGAAGAAGAUGAGGCACAAAGCACUCCGGCCACUCAGUGUUUAGGCCCUUCACCUCCAGCACAGGCAUCUGCUCCAGCACCUGCCGCUCCCAUGGCAACUUUAAAUCAGCCACCCCCAUUACUUCGUCCAGCACUUCCUGCUGCUCCUGCUCUCCAUCGUCAGCCUCCACCACUUCAACAGCAGGCGCGAUUUAUUCAGCCACGGCCGACGCUAAAUCAGCCUCCCCCUCCGCUCAUCCGCCCAGCUAAUUCCAUGCCUCCUCGUCUAAACCCAAGGCCAGUGUUAACCACGGUUAGUGGCCAGCAGCCACCCUCACUUAUUGGAAUUCAGACAGAAUCUCAGUCUACUCUGCACUGAAGAAAUAAAGCAGAAUUAUGCUAACUCCCGCAUCUGAAAAAUUGUAUCAGUGUACUUUUUUUUCCAAAUAAUGAAGGGGAGAAAAGAGCAAGCCUUCACAGGUACCAGACCAGUUUCCCAGAGGAGCAAGCUAAUAACUAGAAAAGGAGCAACAUGAAUGACCACCUGUGUAAAAAUAUUUUUAUGCCGAAGACUUGUACAGCAGAACAAUGCCUACAAUGCAGCCCUCCUCUAUACGAGUAACUGUUGAAGGAAGCUAACUUCUUAAAUGAAUAAAUAUUCAACACACCAAGAUUUUGUUUAACUGAUUUUUACUCUAUUUAUUUUAUUACGGUUCUUUAUAGUCAAGCAUCUAACUACAGGAAAGUAGAUUGGCAAAUCUAGGAAUAGGUAAUAUUGUAGGAGACUUAAAUGUAGUGUUGGGUUUUUUUGUGUGUGUGAAUUUUUUUGUUUGUUUGUUUGGGGUUUUUUUACCUUUUAGUGAAUGAAAAUAACAGUUUAGGUUCAGAAUUUUUGGCCCUGUUUAGGUAACGGUAGAAGCAUUUCACACACCUGUAAAAUGUAGAUGUUUUUUCUCUUCAUGUUUUUCCCAGAACACUUUUUCUUGUUUAAAAAGGUAAAUACUCCUCUUUCAGAGUAUUCUGAAGGCUCAAUAAGCUGUUGUACCAAACUUACUAAAUCUCAUGCGUGUUCUCAUAGAAUUUAACUGAAAACAGGAGUCCAGUUUGCUGCUGCAAUUGCUCUUGUAGGGUCGGCAGAGUAGAGAAGCAGCAGCUUACACCACCCAGGGGGAUGACAGGAGAGGAAUCUCUAGCAAGAACUAUUAAUUUAAUUUGUUAUUCCACUAAUUCUUCUAAUGUAAGUACAGUAAAAUUUCAUUCCUCUGAGAAUGACUGUCUGCAGUUCGUGUAUGUUAAAUCAUUAAUGUCUUGCCUAAGAAUUAAUGAGGGAAGUAUAGACACUGGUGGUGCUGGUAGAAUACCAUGCAAGUAGUUACCUCCUGCCAACCCAGUCUUACUGUUAAGUGGUUAUCUCUGAUUCCUGAUUUCUCAGCAAAAAAAGCUGAGCUGAGAGUAUGGAGGAGGGGUGGAGUGUUUGUUUUAUUUAUUGGCUCAGUAAAACCUGCAUUUGGGUGUUAAUUAGUGCUUCCAGAUUUUAGGAGUUUGAUAGAAACUCAUUUUACUGCAUUUUUGUCUGAAAUCUUGGUGGAUGCCCAGCAGUGUUUGGGGUGGGGGGAGGGUUUGUUUUGUUUUUUUUUUAAAGUAGAUGCCUCUACACUUCAAGUAAACCAGGCUCCAAACUUGAGUAGCACUGUUUGAAACUGUGUGAUCCGAAUUAAGCUAUUGAAAAAUAAGGCAUUCUUGACUAUGUAAUAACAUUUAUGUUGACUGUCAUACUAUUUAGAAAAUUAUUUUUGCUUAUAGCUGAAAUGGUGUUUGAAAAUUCUUUUAAAUCCAUUUUGUUAUUAACUAGAUUUGCCCUUGACUUAAAGGAGACUUUACUUGAAAAUAGAAUGUGCUCUCCCUAUGCUUUUUCGCAGACAAAUUGGAUGGACUAACAAUCGGUUUAGCAGCUGGGUAAUGUCUUUAUGUGCAAAGGGAAGUUCUUAUACUAUCAGAUCCUAUUUAAUUUGAAAAUGUAGUAUUAAGAUUUGAUAGUUGUAGUCUGAAUUGCAGUUAGUGUUGACCUUUAUGUUUUAGUUCUUCAUUUAAAAAUAUUUUCAGAUCAAACUUGAGAGAUUUUUCUUUCUGAACAGCUUUCACUGGUGUGCUGAGGUGUUGUACAAAAGGUCGUUCUUAUAAAUUUUCUUUUGCAUCAGAGAAGAUGCUUAGCCACUUCAUGUGCAUCAGAUGACCUUCUGUGUAAGAAAAGCAGCAUUGUAAAACAAACAUCAAGGAAUUCAUGGCCACAGAAAUUUGUGUUCUGGGAGUCAUAAGUCUUAAGUGUCCCCUACACGCAAAUCUGGCUCCUCUCUGGUCUUUAAAACCAAUACAAAACUAAGCUGGCACAUUUUGACAUCCUAAGUAUCUCAGUUUAAUUGUUAAGAGUGAUAAGAUUCAUCUUCAGGAUUUUUUUUCUUUUCUAUUUUGUUUUUAUCAUUGAGUCUCCCAGGUGUGUGUAUUGUACCUUUGCUAAUUUUUGUCUUGUCUCUUGUCGAUAGACUUCAGUAUGCAGAAUGUUGGGUGUUACGGUACAGUUGGCCACCACCAACUGCUAUAAAACUGUUCAGUACAUUGUAAUUCCGUUUAAUCUUGUUUAAAUAUUCUAUAACUGGGCAAAGGUGCUGUAUUUGAAGGGGGGAGGGAGGGUCAGAGAUAGGUAGGGUAGUAUUUCUUAAUUUGCAUACACUGUAGCACACAGUAGGGAACUCCUAGCAUUUGUAGUACUAAAUAAGUAUGUACAUAGCAAAAUGUCUUUAUUGUGUGCUUUGCAGAAUAUGUGCAUACAGUUUGCACGUCCUGUUUUGGGGGGUAGGGUUUGUUUUAAGCAGUGUUUGCCUGGAGAGUGAUAUGCUUGCUGCUUAAUCAAAGGAUUAAAGUUUCAAAGAAAUCUGUGUCUUCUAUUUUUAUGUACCUUGUAAUGGUCUAAUAUGUUAGGGCCCUUAUACUGUGAUUCUCUUCUAAAUUCAUUUAUAUUUUUUUAAGAAUUAGAAAUAAAAUUAUACAAUGGUGUUGAUUUCAGUGGGAAAUUUCUUUUGCCAUAUCUGGUCUCCUGUUCUGUAAUGUAGUAAUGAACUCUGACUUCAAGGUUGGCCUAAUUUUGUCACUUUAAAAAAUGUAAAAUGUUUGCACACUAAAGUUUGGCAGAGAACGUGUAUUCUACAUUGUUCAAAGCUAAUGUAACUACAGCUUUUUGUACAGUUUAUUUUAGUUAAUAAAGCAAAACGGUACUAAAAAAUGACAUUUUACAAAUGCAAGGCAUAAUCUGAACGACAUGUAUUCUAGGAACAACACUUGCAAAAUAUGGAUGUACAAGAGCUAUCAGAUUUAAUUGUUGCACUUUAAAUCAGAAUGGGUACGAAGUUGAGCAGAUAUUUCUGCAUUUAAUAAAACAAUCACUAAACAUUGCA